GUCAACGAAGAGCUUCGUCAGCACUUCAUGCAGGGAGAUGAACCCUCCAAGCGCUUUAUCUGUCGCCAGGCCCUGCUGGAAAUAUGGCAAGACGAGACGCGGCUGCAUACCUUGCUUGGUCCCGAUCCAAUUUCAUCCCAAGACAUACGUCGGGUACAGCGUGAAUGCGUCGCCGUAUUAUCCAUCCUUACUUAUAUCAGAGCAAUCAAAACCAUUGCACGGUUUCACGCCAUCCUUGAUACUGACGAGCUUAACGAUACAAACCUCCCAUUGCAAGAUGGGGAGAUACGAAAGCUCUUAUCGCUUGAACCGGAGCUGUUCUUUCUAUUCAAUGACUACCAAUGGGCAUUCUGUCCGGCCGAGAUACACUGCGAUCGAGACCCACCAUUGCAACUGAUCGAUGCGCGUCGUCGUCUUCCCUUCCUAUCCUCACCGAAAUUGAUUGGGUCCGGCGGCUUCGGGGUAGUAGAGCUUGUGAAAAUCGCCCCACGUUACCUAAAAUUAAGUCGAGGAGCUGAUUUCGAGUAUCCUUUCAAAGUUGCUUGCAAACGAUUCGAAGGCGUCAGGAAGCUACAGGACUUCGAAACUGAAUUGGCAAACCUACAAAAUCUCAAGAGUAGCCUCACAAACCAGGCUCACAUCUUGCAGCAUCUCACCACCAUUUCACAUGGGCUGCAGUACUAUAUUCUCUUUCCGUACGCAGAGCUAGGUGACUUGGACCAAUUUCUCUUAGAUGGUGCGGGAAUUUACGAUUUCCGCCAACGAUUCCCACUCAUUGCGCCUAACUCAACUCCGGAAAUUUACAAGCCUCUUUUGUAUCAAUGCUGGGCUUUGGCUUCGGCUCUGGACUGGCUGCACAAUGGAAUCAAGAUCAAAACCAAGGAUAUCAAAUGCGCCCACAUGGAUCUCAAGCCUGACAACAUUCUGAUUAUGAAGGACUCUAGCUCAACCGUGGGAAAGUGGGUGAUAUCAGAUUUUGGGAUUUCCGUCGCCGAGCAUGAUCGUCAUAGUCGAGCGCAUGCAUUGAGCAUCAGAGAUCUUUAUCGCGAGGUGACCAUUGACAGAGUAGCAGUCCCGCAAUUGGGGACGUACCAACCCCCUGAAGGGAUUCAUAUGAAGGGCGACUCAGUUGAAACCGAAGGCGCAGGGCGCCGAAGUGAUGUAUGGUCUUUUGGAUGCGUGUUCUCUGAGGUUCUUGCAUGGGCGAUCGGCAGACGAACAGAGGUGGAGGAAUUUGCGUACUCGCGAGCGCGCCGGGGUCAGAAGGAUGCUUUUUGGGAAGAAAUCACUCCCAAUACGCUAUUCCCAGGCAAGAAAGAGUUCAGAUUAUGUGACGCAGUGGCGAAGUGGUUGAACGACCUCCAGACGCGGAGAUUCUCGACAGAUCCUGUUGUGAGGCUUUGGGCCCAAAAGCUCGCAAAAGAGAUAUUGAUCGUCAACAAAGCAGACAGGCCUAGUGCGGCAAAACUCGAGAAAGUUGUGGGAGGUCUAUACAACGCUUGUGAAAUGUUGACCACCUACAAUAUGCAGGAGUCAGGUCCGCCAUUACUACGAAGAUAUGAACCUCCAGAGCUAGUCGUCACUCCUGCCACACCUGUCGAUUCCACCUACGGCCACACCAUCUUCCCACACAGUAGUAGCGGCAUACUUGCCACGGCUAUAUCUCGAUCUAAAGUACAAGACACGGUGCCAGUGGCGAUGAUCUACAAGAAUCGGAUCGAAUUCAUCCACAUCAACCUCUCACAUGCUGAGUCACACGAAUGCAGGACAAAAUUGCUUCCUGAUGAAUGGAGAAGUGGAAGUGCGGGAGUGACAAUUGAAGGCCGGUACUUUGCAGCUUGGGGGGACUGCAAGAAAAGCAUGAAAAGACGUCCCCAAUGCCUAUACAGCGAACCAGAGCUGGAUCAAACAUUUGCCCAAGCAGUAUUCAACGAAGAGGGCAGUAUGUUGUUCGCAUGGGCUGUUGGGAGCAGACAAGAGUCCUUGUAUGUCUGGAGAAUCGAGAAUAACAACUCCUCUAGCCGUCAUCAGGUUCACUAUAGCUUG